UCCACCGCCACUUGAUUCGAGGUGGGACGCCGUGAACAAGUUUCUCGAGAAUGAGGGUUCUUUCGGGCCUGGACACUUCAAGAGCUCAUACUUGCGAAGAAAGGGACGUUUGUGUGCGGACCAUACUCCCUUCCAGUUCAAUUGUUCACGAUCAUCGCAGCCAUCUGGACUAUGUCCCGAGAGAGUCAGCAUACGAGAAACUAUCGAAUCAGAGGUGGGACAAACGUAUUUCGGAGAAUUGCAGCUUUUCGGUCGAUUGAAUUUUCCCGCGCAAUUGCGCGGACGUUCCCUGAAAAGGAAAUCACCGUUCCAGGGGCUUCAGAACUCGGCAGUAUGCUUCAGAUACUCAAGGAUCUGCGGUCUCUCAAAUGUUUUGAUUACAGAGACAAGAUCUGGACCAUUAUCAUUCUUGCGAACGACUAUGACGUUCGCACCUUGCCGGUCGAUUAUCAAAGCCCCUGGGAGUCUGUCUACACAAAGGUAUGCCGCUGGCUUUGCAAUCGACAUCGCAAUCUAAGCUUUCUACAACUUGUCGAAACCAAAGCAAGGAAAAUGCAGCGAGGCACCGAUCAGAACAGACCGCAAGGACUCCCUUCGUGGGUCCCUUUGUUCCAUGUGGAGCCGCAUUUCCUGAAUACAUUCUAUCUGCCUCGGCAUAUCGUUCGUCCGAAGAGGAGCAAGAUCUACUAUGCAGGUGGGAGCAGUCAAGUCAUCUGUGAAGAAAUAGCUACUUCUGAGACGGUGUUCAAGUGUAAAGGACUGAAGAUCGGGGUCAUUACAGUCUUGUCAUACCCGGCAGGAAAUCUGGAGAAUGUAGGUACUGGAAUUGGUGAACGUGUCCUUCAUGGCGGAGAGUGGCAAGCAUUAGCUCGUACUCAUUGCACACCUCAUGACAUCUACCAGCCAACGAAGGAGAACGUCGAUCUGGCCUUCGAAAGACUCCGAACAGGCGAUCUGUUCCCUGAAAAUGCCAGGCGUUCUCGGGAGUCGGUCCCGACCGACUUGCCUCAACCCUCGAACUUCGCGGUCGCCUACGCAGAUCUAAGUUCAGGUAGCGACCAGAUAUUCAUUGAUGGUGAUGUCAGUGACAUUGGCAACCAUAUCAUCCGCGCGACCACACGACGAAGAAUGUUCAUCACGGACACAGGAUAUAUGGGGCUGACUCAUCAAUCGAAUCUCGUGGGGGAUGAGAUCUGGGUACUAAUGGGUGCCGACAUGCCUGUGACGCUUCAUCCAGUCUCAACAAACACACCGGGCCACUGCAUUGGUUCGGAGUGCAGGACUUUCGAGUUCAGAGGUGAAAGCUACGUCCACGGCAUCAUGGAUGGCGAGGCCUUAGUAGGUGCCAGAUGGAAAGAAGAUCCAGAUUGCCCAGAAGGCACAAGUUGGCUCGACGAUCUCGGACAAGAAUCCUGGCCCUUCUCUACCGAGGAGAUCGCUUUGAUCUGAGCGCACUUCUGCGACGUUUUGGAGUUACAUUGAUAUGUUAUGUGAUACCAACCAAAGGCUC